AUGGCAGAUAAUAAGGUCAACGAACUUUUGGUCAAAGCGCGAGAAGCUGUAUCAUUUCCCGUCGAGGAAUUAACAAACUUCUUGGACGAUGGUGCCAAAAACACAGUUCCAGAAAAAGAACCUGUGUUCACCAACCAAGACAAAGUUUUUCUUGAUAGAGAACAAAGUUAUCUGAGAACUUUGCAAAAAAUGAAGAGAUUAUUACAAAUCAAGAAACAAUAUGACCUAUCGCCGAAAGAUUGGUAUUUUCUGGUUAAAGCAACUGGCGAAGCGAUUCCUAUUGCAUUGGUACCUAAUCAUGGAGCAGUAUUUGCGAGACUUAUUAUUGACAAUAAGGAUUACGGAGUUCAUCCCUUCAUAGUGCAAUUACGUGGCGAGGGUCACAAGCCAUUACCGGGAAUUGAGAUCGGUGACAUUGGACCAAAACUUGGAUUUAAUAAUAUGGAUAAUGGAUUCGUUCGCUUUACAAAAGUUCGUAUUCCGCGUACCAACAUGCCAAUGAAGUACUCUAAAGUCUCGAACACUGGAGUCUACAGCACUCCACCCCAUGCAAAGAUAGUCUACGGGGCAUUGGUGGCAGGGCGCGCAGACAUCAUCUAUAAUUCUUCAGAGUUUCUUGCAAAGGUUCUAACGAUAGCCAUAAGAUACUCGAUUAUUCGUAAACAAGGCAACAAUUAUAAAGAUUCGAGUCAGGAAUCACAAGUGCUAGAUUAUCAAUUUCAACAGUACAAAUUAUUCAAGGGUUUGGCGAUAGCGUACAUGUGUUUCUUCAGUGCAAAGCUCGUGAAAAAGUUAUAUGAAGAUAAUUUGUCUAAAGUUGGACAAGGAGACGUUAGUUUGAUGGCCGAGGUGCACAUCACUUCUGCGGGAUUAAAAGCUUUAUGCACUGAUCUGGUAACUGAAUCGAUGGAAGAGGCAAGACGCUGUUGUGGUGGUUCGUAG